GAAGGAUCCUGCAGUGCGCAGCGGGCAGAAGAGGCGUCCGGUUUCAAAGUUGCGCUCCUGCAUUAUUUCAAGAGCGCGCGUACGCUCACGCGCGCGCACACACACACACACACACAUUGCACAAACUAUUUCUAUUCCUGUCUUGGGUCGACCCCGGUUAAAUGAGUUUUGUAGCUCUCUUUGAUUCCUCUUUUGUCUAUACCACCGGGGUUCCAGGUUUUAAACUUUUAUUUAUUUAUUUUAUUUUUUUUUACAUAUUAUUCACUUAAUCUGAUGUUCACUAUACUGCCAUUACUGUAUAUAUAUAUAUUUUUAUUCUGUAGUGUUGUGGUAGGAACGGAAAACGUUUCCCAGUCAGCUGUCACUGGAGGCAACUGAGCAGAUCUCGAGUUGUUGAGGAGCUCCAGCUUUCAUUGACGCCCAGCUCUCAUCAGCGGCAGCAGCGGAUUUUCUGCAACUUUGUGAACAUCAUGGAAACCAACCCUAUACCGGUCCUUACCAUUCAAACCACUCCGUUUGACGACCAGAGACCCGGGACUAAUGGUUUGCGUAAGAAGACCAGUAUAUUUGAGAGCAGAAAGAACUAUCUGCAGAAUUAUAUCCAGAGUGUGCUGUCAUCCAUCGACCUGAGGGACCGUCAGGGAUGUACCAUGGUGGUGGGCAGCGAUGGGAGAUACUUCAGCCGAGCAGCAAUCGAGGUUAUUGUGCAGAUGUCCGCUGCCAAUGGGAUAGGGCGUCUGGUGAUUGGGCACAAUGGCAUUUUGUCUACGCCGGCUGUUUCCUGCAUCAUCAGGAAGAUAAAAGCCAUUGGUGGGAUCAUUCUCACUGCCAGUCAUAACCCAGGAGGUCCAGCUGGAGACUUUGGUGUCAAAUUCAAUGUAGCUAACGGAGGCCCUUCUCCAGACACAGUGAUGGAAAGGAUUUACCAGGUCAGCCGUACCCUGGAAGAGUUCGCCAUUUGUCCGGACUUACGCAUUGACCUGUCACGCCUUGGACGCCAGGACUUUGAUCUAGAAAACAAGUUCAAGCCUUUUCGAGUUGAAAUAGUGGAUUCUGUUGAAAUCUACUUGAAUAUGUUACGUGGGAUCUUUGAUUUCGGUGCUAUUAAGAAUCUACUGACUGGACCAGAGCAACUGAAGAUUCGAAUAGAUGCAAUGAAUGGAGUGAUGGGACCUUAUGUCAGGAGAAUCUUGUGUGAUGAACUCGGUGCUCCUGCAAACUCUGCAGUUAACUGUGUUCCUCUGGAGGAUUUUGGAGGCCAGCACCCAAACCCCAACCCUUCAUUUGCUGUGUCCUUGAUGGAGUCCAUGAAGGGUGGAGAGUUUGGUUUUGGUGCUGCAUUCGAUGCUGAUGGGGAUCGCUGUAUGAUCCUUGGUCAGAAUGGUUUCUUCGUAAACCCAUCAGACUCACUGGCAGUGAUGGCUGCCAACUUGUCCUGCAUUCCCUACUUUAGGCAGGUAGGCAUCCGUGGCUUUGCUCGCAGUAUGCCCACCAGCACGGCUCUGGACAGAGUGGCCAAGGCUAUGAAAGUGGCUAUGUAUGAAACCCCUGCAGGCUGGAGGUUUUUUGGGAACCUGAUGGACUCGGGCAGGUGCUCUUUCUGUGGAGAGGAAAGCUUUGGAACAGGUUCAGACCACAUUAGGGAGAAGGAUGGUCUGUGGUCAGUUCUAGUGUGGUUGUCUAUGAUAGCCAUGCGAAAGCAGGGGGUGGAAGAAAUAGUGAAGGACCACUGGGCUAAACUCGGCCGCAAUUACUACUGCAGGUUUGAUUAUGAGGGUGUGGACCCCAGAGCUGCGUUUUACCUCAUGAGAGACCUGGAGGCCGUGAUUACUGAAAAAGCCUUCACCAACCAGAAGUUUGCUGUGGGAAACAACGUCUACAGUGUGGAGAAAACCGACAACUUUGAGUACAUUGACCCUGUGGAUGGCAGUGUAUCACGAAACCAGGGACUGAGAAUCGUGUUCUCAGAUGCAUCCCGCCUUGUGUUUCGGCUCAGUGGAUCUGGAGCAGGAAUGGGAGCCACCAUACGCAUCUAUGCUGAAAGUUAUGAGAAAGAUCCCGAGAGACAAAGCAGGGAGACACAGGUUGUCCUGGGCCCACUGAUCGCCAUUGCUCUAAAGAUCUCAAGCAUCCAUGAGCGGACAGGACGCAGAGGCCCCACCGUGAUCACCUGAAUUGGAAUGCCGAGACGCAUGAAAGGGGCCAAACCACGAGACGGCCUUCUUCUAGGAUCCGUUCUCUAAGUCUUCCACACGGUCUUUCAAAGCCUCGCUAUCACGUUUCCCCUCAUGAAGCCAAGACUGCUUCUUGCUAGUCUGCACAAUGUCUCACUAUUUACACUGUUUGUUUGUUUUUUUGCUGCUGUUUUACAGACUAAACUUUUUUUUUCUCUUUCUUUUUCUCCACCUGUAACUGUCUAAAAAUCCAAAGAGAAAGAAUAUCUAUUCCUUUUUUUAUGUUGCCCCUUUACACAUGUGAAUCAUUAAAAUGUCUCUUUCACACUGCAUUUCUGCCACACUUUUAUUCUCUGUUCCAUCCAGGAACUACUGCUGUUGUAUCUCACAAAAACAAAUCUAACAGAACAAAACAAAAAUGCAUGUGAUGCGUCCUUAAAGCUGGAGGUUUGUCUAAGACUUUAACCUCAGUAUAUAGCCAGAGCUUUUAGCAAAUUAAAUAGGAUUACCACCGCUGUUUGAAAAAAAAAAUGUGCACCUUCCAUUUCAAAGUGCCGGUUUGUAUGAAUAUCACAGACAUUAUGGUGUGUAGUGUAGCGUGAACAUUUUUUAUGUGUGGUGUAAUUUGUAGUGUUGAUGAGGCAUUCAAUUGAUAAUGAGUAGAACUUCAACAUAAUGAACGGAAUGGUUUCAUUCAUUUAUGGCUCAACCCCAUGUGUCAGUGCUGAACUGUUCCAACAUGAAGGACAAAACCGCAUUCAGUUCAAUGAGUCAUAUGUAUGAGGGAGCAAGUACAUUUAACCACUCCAUCAAAUUUAGGAAAAUAUUUUAGAAAUGUCGUAUAAAACAUUUAAAAUAAAGGUCCAAAAAUGCAAAGUGCUGCCAACAGAAAGCAUGUUUUUUUUUUUUUUUUGAUAUUAUAGAUUGUGGCCUGCUAUCACCGGGAUUGUGACCUGCUAUCACUGGUUUUGAUUGUUGUUUUCUUUGGAAAGGCUGUGAUCACUUUACCACUUUGUGAAUGUGAAUUUCUGAUCAGUGAUACGAAUGAUAGAAAACUCCAAAGAACUGUAUCCUUUGCUCAAGUUCAGUACUUACAAAAAAAAAAAGUAGAAAAGAAAUAAAAUAAAGAAUAGCAAUGCUAAUACCAGUGUAUUUAAUUUUGUAUCCAAAGUUUUACCAAAAUAAACUGUCCUUUGUGUGUAAUGGAA